GGGCUGCUCUAGCCUGGCGGCCAAAUGCUCAGUUACCUUACACAGGUCCAUACACAGCAUUCACAGGUCCAUACACAGCAUUCACAGGUCCAUACCCAGUUACCUUACACAGGUCCAUACCCAGUUACCAUACACAGGUCCAUACACAGCAUUCACAGGUCCAUACCCAGUUACCAUUCACAGGUCCAUACACAGCAUUCACAGGUCCAUACACAGCAUUCACAGGUCCAUACCCAGUUACCAUACACAGGUCCAUACACAGCAUUCACAGGUCCAUACCCAGUUACCAUACACAACAUUCACAGGUCCAGGUCCAUACACAACAUUCACAGGUCCAGGUCCAUACACAGCAUUCACAGGUCCAUAUACAGUUACCAUACACAGCAUUCACAGGUCCAGGUCCAUACCAAGUUACCAUACACAGGUCCAUACACAGUUACCUUACACAGCAUUCACAGGUCCAGGUCCAUAUACAGUUACCAUACACAGCAUUCACAGCAUUCACAGGUCCAGGUCCAUACACAGCAUUCACAGGUCCAGGUCCAUACACAGCAUUCACAGGUCCAUAUACAGUUACCAUACCCAGCAUUCACAGGUCCAGGUCCAUACCCAGUUACCAUACACAACAUUCACAGGUCCAGGUCCAUACAGAGCAUUCACAGGUCCAGGUCCAUACCAAGUUACCAUACACAGGUCCAUACAAAGCAUACACAGGUCCAGGUCCAUACACAGCAUUCACAGGUCCAUACCCAGUUACCAUACACAACAUUCACAGGUCCAGGUCCAUACACAGCAUUCACAGGUCCAGGUCCAUACACAGCCUUCACAGGUCCAGGCCCAUACCCAGUUACCAUACACAGCAUUCACAGGUCCAUACCCAGUUACCAUACACAGCAUUCACAGGUCCAGGUCCAUACACAGCCUUCACAGGUCCGGGCCCAUACCCAGUUACCAUACACAGCAUUCACAGGUCCAUACCCAGUUACCAUACACAGCAUUCACAGGUCCAGGUCCAUACACAGCAUUCACAGGUCCAUAUACAGCAUUCACAGGUCCAGGUCCAUAACAAGUUACCAUACACAGGUCCGUACAUAGGCCCAUACACAGAAUGGCCAC